AUGGAAUCCCCCAUCCUUGCCGCAAUCCAGGCGCGCGUCUGGCCUGUAAUACCCUCUCACCUCGUCAGCACCUUCUGGGCAACAUUCGUCGCCACACCAAUAGUCUACCUCAUCCUCGCCCAGCGCUACCGCACAGGACGCCAACGCGCCUGGAUUGCUACGGGUGCUGCGAGCGGAUGUAUGACAAUCACCGCCGUGCCCUUCUUUUGGGACUGGCUGAGUAAUGGGUGUAGCUUGACGGCGGUGGACCCGAGGUGGUGGUUGAGUGAACGGGUGUGUGCAGGGUUUAUGGGGUACCUCGUUUCGGACCUCAUAACCGGGUCGAUUUUCUACUCCGCGCACAUCUCUCUCGUCAUGGGUUGGAUCCACCACAUCAUCUACUUCAUCCUACUCUCAUACGUUAUCGCCCAGCGCUGGAGCUUCAUUUUCUGCCUCGGAGCAAUGAUGGAGCUUCCGACCAACCUACUAGCACUCGCCACCCUUGAGCCUGCGCUGCGGAACGAUUACUUCUUCGCAGCAAGCUUCUUCACUCUCCGAAUCGCCUACCACAUCCUGCUUAUCGUGCAGUUCGCCCUCCCCUCUACACGGGUCGAGUUCCUCGGUAACAAACCCGGUAUGGGCCAGUGGGGCCCCCUCCUCUUCUUCUGCCUCGCCCUGCCAAUGCACGUAAUCUGGUUCUACGGCUGUGUGAAAGGCAUCAUCCGGCGGUCCAAGCAAAAGAAAGAAGCAGCACUCAAAGCUACCUCCGAAGCGGCAGAAACUAUCAAAGGCACACAGACACCCGGUGCGGAGAAGCUCUUGGACUUCCCUCCUGCAGCAGCUCGCGCUGUGGGUCUCCCAACGCCAAGCUUAACACCCUACGCCUCGCCCCUCCUGCGUCCUCUCCCCGUCCCCAUCUCAGCAGAAGGCGGCAAACAGCUCACUCCGCCCGAAACUCCUACUACAGACGGGGGCCUCAACAAGACACCCAGUGAGCUCGUCCUGCCCAACCUGUAUGUCCCGAAGGAAGAGGUCCGUCGGCGACUGGGCAAGGAGCUGCGCGAGGCGGCGGAGGAUACGGUUUUGCGCGCAACGGGGUAUGCGAAUGGGGCUGUGAAUGGGAACGGCACUGUUGGGAAUGGCAAUGGGGUGAAGCAGGGUGGGGAAGAGGCUAAGGUGGAAGAUACGGAAGGAGUGGAGGAGAGCGAGAGGAGGAGGAGUGAGAUCGAAGUUUACUGA